AUGGUCGUAGCUGGACGUUCUAUGGAGCCUCCGCCACUGCCGUCCAAGCCACACAUGUCGGCUGAGAGCAACGAAAACGAAGAAUAUACCACCUUCUCAGUGUCGGCAGCUAAAGCGUUCUUCGAAGCUGCAAAAAAGCCUGAAGUACGUCAGGCGGCUGUCGCAGCAGCCAAAAAUCCAUUCGUUCGCAGUGUCGCGAAGUCAGCGGCACAAAAUCCUGAAACACGAAGCCAGCUGAUUGCUGCGCUUGAAAAGCAGUAUGGUGCAAGGAGCCCUGAACACAAGCCAAGCCCUCCAUCAAAGCCGCGACAUGAUGAGAUAGCAUCGCCACCACCGCCCCCACCGCAUCGUGCAACAGGGUCGCAUAUGGCGACGUCAUCGGCGUCCAGCUACUCGUCGACGCCCUCAGCAACUUAUAAAUCCAACGACGACUACAAUAAACCGUUGCCAGCCGUUCCAUCAACAAGCUCCUCCCACUAUGGCUCCACCCCCUCCAACGGGAUUGCCUAUCCGUCAUUGGUCAAUGAGCUCCAAGCAUUACAUAUGAACAACCAAGGCACAAAAAAACCUCAGCCAACUCGUCCACCUCAACCCGCGUCACCAAAUAAAGGUUCUAAUAAACCUGCUCGUCCACCACCGCCGAUUCCACCGACGUCGAGGAUUACAUCUGCUGUCACUCCAUCACAACCGCAUGCUAUCGCGAAAUUUUCAUUUACCGGAUCUCAACAGGAUGAGUUGUCAUGCGCUGCUGGUGAUAUCGUAGUCCUGAAGCGAAACGUCGACGAACAAUGGGUCUACGGGAUGAACAAUCGUACCGGUUCAUACGGUAUUAUUCCCGUAUCAUUUCUGGAUAUUCAAGUACCACUGACUUCAGAAAUCCCAACAACAGGAGUGAUAGCAACAGCGAUCUACGAUUAUCAGUCAAAUACUCCAGGAGAUUUGUCUUUCCACGUCAACGAUCAAAUCAGGGCCAUUGAACGGGUCGGUCCUGAUUGGUUGCGAGGGAACCUACAUGGCAGUGAAGGGAUCUUUCCGGCGAAUUUCGUCUCAUGUCCCGGAAUAGGUGGUCUACCUAUGACGCAACCUGCAGUUCAGCCCAAAUCUUUGGAACAGAUGACUGCAGCCUAUGACUAUUCGUCAGGAGUAGCUGGCGAUUUGGAGUUUAAGGCCGGAGACACAAUACAAAUCAUAGCACAUUUGGACCAAGAUUGGAUACGAGGACGGGUGAAUGGCCAGGAGGGACUCGCUCCUAUGUCAUUUCUCGCCCCCUAUGGUACAUUGGUGAAGAGCCCAAAGAUGCGCGGUAUAGCAGCUCUUUCAGCCCUUGGAGGCACAGGACGAGUGGUAACUGCAAUUGCGGACCAUUGUACCGAUGAUCCUACUCUUCUCUAUUUCUCCAAAGGCGACAAGAUAAUUAUUGUUGAAGAUGUGGAUAACUAUUGGUAUCGUGGUAAAGUUGAAGGUUUCAAAACGUUACCUGCUGGUCUAUUUCCCAAAGCACUUGUAAAGGAAAACUAA